AAUUCAAACUAUAUCUCCUAAAGAAAUUUUUACAAGAGGAAUCCAACGUGCUCCACGACCAACCAGUGGUAAAGUUUAUUAUGAACUCAGCCAACCAUUGAGGAUACCUAUCUAUGUAUAUUGUCAGCAUAGUGUCAGCAUGUGUACGUGUGUGUAUAUAUCUCUCUUGUAUUCCCAAACUCAUAGCUCGUAAAAAAUUAAAUUGAAACUUGGAUAGUUUAGACAGACACCACCACCACCACCAUUGAUGGCCACCCGUGUUGUCUCUCCCAAACUCCUCCACAACCUCCGGUACUUCACCAGACCUUUGAACUCUGCUCCACCUUCAAUCACCGCCGUCUCCCCGCUAAACCUCCACGAACCACCUCCACCACCACCCACCACCACUACUGCCACCUCCACCGACUCAAUUCUCAAUCUGGACGAUGUCAAGGAGCUCUUCUCCUCCCUUUCCACCGCCAAGCUGCUCCGAUCAUCGGCCAACCUUCACGCGGUGGCGAUGGAGCAGACGGUGGAUGUGGGCACGUGGGUCAUGAACUCCGGGCUCAUGGACAUGGCUGUGCUGCGUGAGAUCGUUCUCGGGACUCUGAAACAUACCCUUUGUGAGCAUUUCUGUGCGGGUCAGAGUCCGGAGGAGGCGGGUCGGACUGUCCUGAAGCUUCGGGAGGCUGGUCUGAGAGGGAUGUUGGAUUACGGGUCGGAGCACUCAACGGAUAUGGAGUCAUGUGAUCGGAAUUUGGAGGUGUUUGUUCGGACGGUUGAAUCAACCAAGUCACUCCCACCAUCUUCUGUUAGCUUUGUGGUAGUGAAGAUCACUGCAAUUUGUCUUCCUAGUCUGCUCAAGAGAGUGAGUGAUCUACUGAGAUGGGAAUACAAAGACAACUCUUUCAGUCUUCCAUGGAAGCUCAGAACUCUCCCAAUUUUCUCCGAUUCGAGCCCUCUUUAUCACACACCUCAAAAACCAGAUCCUCUAACCCCACAAGAAGAGCAAGAUCUCAACUUAGCUCAUCAAAGACUACUCAAAAUUUGUCAAAUGUGCCAAGAAGCCAAUGUGCCCUUAAUGGUCGACGCAGAGGACACAUCGAUUCAACCUGCCAUCGACUACUUCACAUACUCUGCCGCGAUCACCCACAACAAAGAUGACAACCCGAUCGUUUUCGGGACAGUUCAGGCUUACCUGAAAGAUGCAAAAGAGAGAUUGUCACAAACCACAAAAGCUGCAGAGAGAAUAGGAGUACCUAUGGGGUUUAAGUUGGUCAGGGGAGCUUAUAUGUCUAGCGAAAGGCGGUUAGCUGCUACUCUGGGUGUUGAGUCUCCCAUUCACGACGGCAUUCAAGAAACGCACGCGUGCUACAAUGGCUGCGCCUCUUUCAUGCUCGAGAAGGUCACGAAUGGCUCGAGUUCAGUAGUUCUUGCAACCCACAAUGUUGAAUCAGGGAAAUUGGCAGCAGCAAAAGCAGUAGAUUUAGGUAUUGGAAAGGAAAAUCAGAAGCUGCAAUUUGCUCAACUCUAUGGAAUGGCAGAAGGGCUUUCUUUUGGUUUGAGAAAUGCAGGUUUUCAAGUUAGCAAAUACUUGCCAUUUGCACCUCUGGACCAAAUUCUGCCUUACCUUCUGAGGAGAGCUGAAGAGAACAGAGGACUCUUGUCUGCUUCAACCAUUGACAGACAACUCAUAAGGAAGGAGUUGAAGAGAAGACUAAAAGCUACAAUUCUCUAAGGUCAGAAAUUAGAGAAAACAAAAUUAACUACCAGAUGAAGACGAUAAAUAGAAAUUGUACCUACUAAAUAAGACAAAAGUCUUUGUGUUAUGUCAGUUAUUUUAGUGGACCACAUUUUCAGAUAUUUUUCCUUGGAAUGUAAUAUCAUAUUAAAUUAUUCCAUCCAUGAUUAUCCAAAAUCGGAAAUAUUUCAGUCUCACGAAAUUUCUUCGUUUCGCGAAGUUAGUUAUAAUGUAAAAA